CGCUCUAACUAAACAAUUUCACGUGCGUUUUUGAAUCCGCGCGCACGCCGUCUAGUCUGCGAUUUACAACAACAUAUUUUGGGUGUGUCAACUUGUGAAAGUGUUUUGUCAGAACUAGCAGUGUAAUUUUCAUAUUUUGUGUGACAUUUGCCAACCCCGCAAUUACUUUGAACACAUUUCAACUGAAGAAGAAGUGAAUCAAAUAUGUCAAGUUCAAGGCGUCAAAGAACGAGAAGAGGGGCACUCCGUGUUCUUCCUGCCAAUGAUGAUAACUACUUUGAUUCUGAUGACGAUAAAGAAGAAGUCCCGAAAAAAGCUGAAAUUAACACAAACACCAGCAAAGUUUCUUCCACGAUAGCUAAACUUGUAACCUGUUCUGUAGCCGGUAUUAUUUUUGGAUUCGCCUGUGAAAAAGGACGAGUUUUCGAGCCCUCUAUCAUACGAGACCAGAUGUUAUUUACUAAAUUUCUGAUGUUAAAGAUGUUUUUGUCCGCUGUGACAUCUAGCAUGGUAGUAUUCUCACUCCUGUCCAUGCUACCACCAACUUCAAAAUACUAUGCCGCAGCACGUAGAGAGUUUAUGGCAACAAUGAGAUCAAGGAGUAUUCUCUCAAGUAUCAUUGGUGGAGCUAUGCUUGGAGCGGGAAUGACUCUCUGUGGAGCG